UAUAUAUGUAGAUACUUACUAAUAAAGUAUUUGAUUUAAAACAGAAUAGAGUAGAAUGUAACAGAUUAAAUGAAAUAUAUAGAUAGAUUAGAAUAGAUAUAUAGUAUAGAAUAAAGUAAAAUAUAAUAUAAUAGGUGAAAUGAUUUUGAAAAGCAAUAGUUUUAAGUACCUACUAUCGGUAUUACAGAGUAAUGGAGAAAUAGAUGGAGAUGCAUGCAGUAGAAUUAGGGCUGGAUGGAUGAAGUGGAAAGAAGCGAGUGGUGUGUUGUGUGACAGAAAAAUUCCAAUGAAGCUGAAGGGAAAAUUCUAUAAAACAGCCAUAAGACCGGCUAUGAUGCACGGAACUGAAUGUUGGGCAGUGAAAAAGAAAGCGGAACAACGAAUGCAUGUGGUGGAAAUGAGAAUGCUUAGAUGGAUGAGUGGAGUGACAAAGAAGGAUAAAAUUAGAAAUGAGUAUAUUAGGGGAAGUCUAGGUGUGGCACCAAUUGAUGCCAAAAUGAGAGAGCAUAGGUUAAGAUGGUUUGGUCAUGUUCAACAUCGAGACGUUAAUCACCCAAUACGAAGAAUAGCUGAAGUGCAGAUUCCUGGAAGGAGUAGGAGAGGAAGACCAAAGAAGACGAUAAGGCAGGACAUGUUGGUAAAGGGGAUUAACAUUGAUAUGACUCAAGAUAGAAUUGUGUGGAGAAAUGCAAUUAGGGAAGCCGACACUGCAUAGGGAUAAGGCAAAGAGAAUGAUGAUGAUGAUAAUAGGUGUAAUGUGUAGAUACUUAUAUAGAAUAGGUUUGAAAUAGAGUAGAAUAUAAUAGAAUAAAGAUACUAUAUACCUACAUCCCUAAUAGCACAAGGAUGUCCUUCACAGACUUUAGGGAGGUCCGUUUUCGUCCAAGGAACGCCCUAUUUUGGUCCAAAUGUCGCGCUACCGAAUGUCUGUUGGACGUCCACUUAAGGUCCGAAGGGACGUACAUUGGACCUUAAUCGGACGUCCUAGGGGACGUAAAUUGGACCUUAACAGGACGUCCUAUUUUGGUCCAAAUGCCACGUUGCCAAACGUCCAAUGGACGUCCACCUAACGUCCGAGGGGACGUUCAGUGAAUGUCAAUUGGACCUUCAUAGGAUGUCCCAGUUUGGUCCAAUGUCUUGCUGCCGAACGUCCAUCUAACGUCCUGAGAGGACCUCCGGUGGACGUCUAGCAUCGAUAUUUAGACCUGUGGAGAAUGUAUGGUGGGAAAUAAAAAAUAUAUUUUUAAGGAACUUAUAUUACAUCUUAUAUUAAAUUACAAUUAUUGGAUAUUACAUUAUUUACAUUAAAUUACAAUACACUUCUCCAAGAAAUUAACGCACCACCUUAAAAAUAGGGCAUUUUUGAUGUCUCGAAUU